CAGCGCGGCGCGUGGUGAACGCGGCGGUUGCUGGGCGCCAGGGCCGCUCCCGGGGUAGCGAGGGAUGCUGAAGGAAUUGUAGCAUGUACACCACAGAAUCACAAAAUGAACAUCUGGAGGAUAAAAACACCUCAUCAUCUACAACUCCUCAGAUCCUCAAAGAUAGUAGUAUUAGUGAACAUGAAGAAACUAAGGAAACUGUCUUGUCACAAACAGAGGAAACAAAACCACAGAUGGAAAAGACGUAUUCUUGUCCCCCACAAGGAAAAUUGAAUAAACUUAUUACAAAUGGAGUUGCAUUUUUUAUGGCAUGGUGUGUAGUCUGGUCAUUCUCAGGCCCUGAAGUUCUCCCUGGUGGAAAUUUAUUUGGACUAUUAAUUAUCUUUUAUAGUGCCAUUAUUGGGGGGAAACUUUUGGAACUCAUUAGAAUACCUUCAGUGCCUCAACUUCCACCUCUUCUUGGGAUGUUACUGGCUGGUUUUACUGUCAGGAAUGUUCCAUUCCUCAGUAAUUACAUCCAUGUUAAUAACACGUGGUCUUCAACUUUAAGAACCACUGCCCUUACUGUUAUCCUAAUACAAGCUGGGCUUGGACUCGAUCCACAGGCUUUGAGGCAUUUGAAGAGAGUUUGUUUAAGGUUGGCAAUUGGUCCCUGCCUCAUGGAGGCAUGUUCAACUGCUGUUGUUUCCCACUUCCUUAUGAAUUUUCCCUGGCAGUGGGGAUUUCUAUUGGGUUUUGUACUAGGUGCUGUCUCUCCUGCUGUGGUUGUCCCUUCCAUGCUCCUUUUGCAAGAAAAUGGAUAUGGCAUUAAUAAAGGCAUCCCAACCUUACUGAUAGCUGCUAGCAGUUUGGAUGACAUCAUAGCAAUCACUGGAUUCAAUACAUGCUUGAGCAUAGUCUUCUCCUCAGGUGGUAUACUUAAUAAUGUCCUUGCGUCUUUUCGGGACGUACUUAUUGGCGCACUGGCAGGAGCUGUUUUGGGAAUUUUUGUUCAAUAUUUUCCAAGUGGAGAUCAGACAAAACUGCCACUGAAGAGAGCUUUCCUUAUUUUGAGUAUGUGUGUUACUGCUGUCUUGGGAAGCCAUCAUAUUGGUUUACAUGCAGCUGGAGGAUUAUGCACAUUAGCAUUAACUUUUGUUGCAGGGAUAAAUUGGUCCACAGAAAAGGUUAAAGUCCAAAGAAUUAUUAAAACUACAUGGUAUAUUUUUCAACCCCUUCUUUUUGGCUUGGUUGGAUCAGAAGUAUCUGUUGCAUCUCUUCAAUCAAAUGCUAUUGGCAUUUGUGUUGCUACUAUGAGUCUGGCACUAUUGGUUCGAAUUUCUUUUACAUUUCUAUUGAUGUGUUUUGCUGGCUUUAGUUUUAAGGAGAAAAUAUUUAUUGCUUUAUCAUGGAUGCCCAAAGCUACAGUCCAGGCUGUAUUAGGUCCUCUGGCUCUAGAAACAGCAAGAAGCAGCGCACCCCACUUGGAACCAUAUUCAAAAGAUGUGAUGACAGUAGCAUUUUUAGCCAUCUUGAUUACAGCUCCAAAUGGAGCUCUAAUUAUUGGCAUACUGGGACCCAAAGUACUUACACGCCAUGAUCCAAACAAAGUCGAUGUAGAAUUGACAAAAUUAGAACUUCAUUAAAAAGUUUAUUUGCCAUCA